AUGGCCGUUAAAAUGUAUCCGAACGCGAAUUCAUCCAACGAUCAACGGAAAAGCCCUGCUUCAGCAUUUCUUAGCUCCCGAUCUUCAACACGCUUCCUGCCGGUUACGUUUGAAAAUGAUGAGCCCCGGUACGAUGCCUCACCCAACUACCAGAGCUUCUACACGCUCAAACAACAAUGUCUCGCCCGUCGACAACUCUUCGAAGAUCCAGAAUUUCCCGCGACGGACGCCUCCAUUUCGAUGCCCAAAAUCACGGACGUACGAUGGUGCCGACCGAAGGAAAUUUCACCCCAAGCUCGAUUCUUCGUCGAUGGAGCAACCCGGUUGGAUAUCUGUCAGGGUGCACUGAACGAUUGCUGGCUGUUGACGGCUGCCGCUAAUCUUACCUCCCAUCCGUGGCUGUUCAAGCGUGUACUGCCGGAAGACAAUAGCUUUGCUGUGGAUGAGUACGCCGGUAUCUUCCAUUUUCGCUUUUGGGAGUUUGGCCAGUGGGUAGAGGUUGUGAUCGAUGAUCGACUGCCAACGGAUGUUAGCGGGAAGUUGCUGCUGUUUGGACGAUCGGGCAAUGGGGACGAGUUUUGGAGUGCUUUGCUGGAGAAGGCGUACGCAAAGUUUUACGGUUCGUAUGGAGCACUGGAUGGUGGUACGGCACGGGAAGCGAUGCAGGAUCUUACCGGAGGGUUGACAGAGUUCUAUCAGCCCAAGAAGAUGGUGGGAAGGGAGGAACAGCUGUGGGAUAUACUGAGGAGUGGAUCCGAAAUGGGAUCUUUGUUUGCAUGUAAUUUGAAGAGUGAUCCCACGGGGGAAAACGUCGCCACCAAAGAGGGCCUUCUGCGAGGACAUUCGUACUCCAUCACCAAGGUGCACAUGAUAGCGGGUUUAGUGAGUGAUGGCGAUCAGAUCCGUUUGCUUCGGGUCCGCAAUCCUUGGGGGUCUGGCGUGGAGUGGAACGGAAAGUGGAGCGACAAGUCCCGCGAGUGGAAAUCUCUCAACACGGCGGAAAGGAAACGAAUUGGGCUAACACUUCAAAAUGAUGGUGAAUUCUGGAUCGAAUUGAGCGACUUUAUGAAACACUUUGACCGGUUAGAGGUUUGUCAUCUCUCUCCCGAGCUUCACAGCGUUCAGGAUGACAGUGGAGAAAGGGACACUAAGCGAUAUCGCUGGGAGUUAAGCUCCCUAGACGGUCAAUGGAUACGUGACACGACGGCUGGUGGAAAUGUAUCCUUUCUUGAUACAUUCCCCCUAAAUCCACAGUACACCAUCCACGUGCAGAAACAUACAACCGGGUCGAGUGUGGUGAUCGCACUGAUGCAAAAGUACCGCCGAGCGGACGCCCUGCCAAGCCUUACGAUUGGUUUUAUCGUGUACAGGGUGACGAGUGAAGAUUUGCGCCAAAAACCUGUCCCGAAGGAGUUCUUCCAACAGCACGAUCAUGCCAUCGUAGGUGGUUCGAUCUUUAUCAAUGCGAGAGAAAUUAGCUGCCGGUUAACACUCGAUCCUGGAGUGUAUCUGGUCAUCCCGUCGACAUUCGAGCCGGGUGAAGAAGGUGACUAUUUGCUGCGCAUCUUUACCGCACGUGGGAACACACUGUGUGAGAACGAUGCCAUACUGUGCUUUGGCACGUUGGACGAUCGUAUUACUGAGCAGGGGAAAUUCUUCGAAACUCCUCGCUGGGCGAUGCUGGCAAAUGCGUUCUACAAUCGCGCCAACGCGUACCAACAGUUAGAAACGAACUAUCUGCAGGAUAUUAUGUGGGAACAGUUCUUCCGACAAAGCUUUGGAACAAGUGAUCGGCAAACCGUAAAGGUGAAGCGAACCAGAUCUUCACCACUCCGAAAGUUUUACGCCUGUGUGAUGCAACUGUGUGCCUGCUUCUGGAUGCAAUCGAGCGUAAGGAAGAAUGUCCAGGAGCAUCCCCUUCCCAGCGAAGAAAAACAAAUGCAUCAGAAAGAGUUGGAAAGAAUCGUGGCACUUCUGCUAAGCCGUAUCGUCGACGGACAGGACACGAUCGGAUACGAACAGUUCCGUACGAUCGCCCGCGACGUUUAUCAGUGGGAAACGGUAUUCCGAUUGUACGAUACGGAUGGUAGCGGUACGCUGGAUCGCCGAGAGCUACGGCAAGCCCUUCGAUCGUCCGGCUUCAACAUAAACAAUCGCAUCCUGUGCAAGUUGCUGCGGAUGGUUGUGGAGCUGAAUCGACCACAGAUUGAGCUGAUCGAUUAUGUGCUGUGUGCGGCCGAGUGUCGGCAUGCGAUCGAUGUUUUACAUCAGGACACGCCAGCAGGUAAUGAAACCCAACGAAAAACGUCAUAA